GCGCUGUGUUGUUGUGCGAUGUGCAAUGAGCUCUCUCGGCAUUGGUGCCAAGCCAAGUAGGACGACACGACGACACUUGACUGACCUGCAACCGAUUCGACUCGAGCGGGUGGGUGGUCCUUUGCACCAUCCCGCACUGCGAAAGAUAGCCAAUCCUAUCCCCCAACUGUGGUACGCUCUCUCGAACAGCAACCGCACAGAUGAUGGGUUUGAUUUGAUGAGUUGCGAGGGUCGGGAGGUGGAGGGACAACCAGGCAGCAGAGCAGGGAGGAAGGCAGCGCCUCCGCUACAAGAAACGAAAAUGGGGCACGCUUGAGGGACGUGAGUUUUGCCCACUUGAGCAGCAGGAACAGAGGGGGGCGGAAAGACGGGGGAACCGAAACCGCAAGACUUGUUCAAAGUGUAGCGAUGCCUCCUAUAAACAGGGUGGUAACUCAGAUCAAGCCGAGAAAUACAGUACAGAAACCCGA